AUGUCAGAGAGCGAAGACGAAGAUGAGAAUUAUUUUGGAGCGACUUGGGAGCACAUGGGGCUCUCGAAAUCGAAGAUGAUCCAAGAGCGAUCGCUUCCUCCCAUCACGCAAAAAGGGCUGAUUCUCUCCCGCUCGCCGAAAAUCGAAGAAAUUUAUGAAAAAUUACAACUGGCGGAAGAAAAGCUCAAAGAAGGAAAAUCUUCCAGUCCAAAUGCCGAGCGAAUCAGGCAUUUUCAUCAUGGGAUUCUAGCGCUCAGAGGACUUGAUUUUGGAGAAGGGUUGAAUGAGGAAGAUGUUGCUGUCACUAGAAAUUGGAAGCUUUCGCAAUUGACGGAGGAGAUUUUGAGACGAGUGAAGCUGGUGAAUGAGAAUUUACGAUUAGAGCUGGUAAAAACGUUAGUCCUGUCCAAAGUGACACCCUGGCGUCGCAUCAGAGAGUUAUGUACCCAAGUACUUGAGCGCAAUCCGCAUUCUGAAUUGGCACAGCGCUUUCUGGAUCUUGCCAACUCCCGAAUCCUCCCCGAACUUCCUCCAAUUUCCUCGAGUCCACCAACAAAAACGCGUCGCGAAAAACCCCAAGGGAAGGAAGCGUCAUCAUCACUCCCCCACUCCACCAACUUGGCGACAACGAGGAACUCGCUUCGGCACUACUGGUCCUUUAUCCACCUCGGUUCUUAA